AUGGCAUCCGCUGCUAGAACGGCUUCUCGGGCCUUCCUUCGCUCGACCCCCGCAACCUCCUCCUUCAGACCUGCUGCUCGCAGUGCUCGGUAUGCCCUCCCCUCCCAGGGCUUCCGUGCUGCUUCCCGCCGUGGCUAUGCGUCCGAGGCCGGUGAGGCCAAGUCUUCCAACACCCUCCUCUAUGCUGCUCUUGCUGCCGCUGGUGGUGCCGGUGCCUUCUUCUACCUGAAGGGCGGCGAUGCCUCCGUUAGCUCCAAGGAGUUCGUCCCCAGCAAGGAGGACUACCAGAAGGUGUACGAUGCGAUUGCUCUCCGUCUCACCAACGAGACCGAUUACGACGAUGGCAGCUAUGGACCCGUCCUUGUUCGUCUGGCAUGGCACGCAAGCGGUACCUACGACAAGGAGACCGGCACUGGUGGAAGCAACGGUGCCACCAUGAGAUUCGCUCCCGAGUCCGACCACGGAGCCAACGCUGGUCUCAAGCAUGCCAGAGACUUCUUGGAGCCCAUCAAGGCCCAGUUCCCCUGGAUCACCCACUCCGAUCUCUGGACUCUGGCCGGGGCCUGCGCCAUCCAGGAGCUGGGCGGCCCUAGCAUCCCCUGGAGGCCUGGUCGUCAGGACAAGGACGUGGCUGCCUGCACCCCUGACGGACGUCUCCCCGACGCCUCCAAGGACCACUCGCACAUCCGUGACAUCUUCUACCGCAUGGGAUUCAACGACCAGGAGAUUGUUGCUCUCAUUGGAGCCCACUCCAUCGGCCGCGCCCACACUGACCGCUCCGGCUUCGACGGUCCUUGGGACUUCAGCCCUACUGUCUUCACCAACGAGUUCUUCCGUCUGUUGGUUGAGGAGAAGUGGCAGCAGCGCAAGUGGAACGGUCCUAAGCAGUUCACCGACAAGUCCACCGGCACCCUGAUGAUGCUUCCCGCGGAUCUUGCCCUGACCAAGGACAAGGCCUUCCGGAAGCACGUCGAGCUGUAUGCCAAGGACAGCGACGCCUUCUUCAAGGACUUCUCCGAUGUGUUCGUCAAGCUUCUCGAGCUUGGUGUUCCCUUCACUAGCAAGGCUGAAGACCGCUACGUCUUCAAGCCCUCCGAGCGCAAGAACCGCACCAUGACCCGAUCAACCACACUCCCCCAAGACUACUACGAAAUCCUCAAUCUCCCAUUCACAGAAACCUCCACCGCACUCUCCAAAACUCAACUCAAAGCCGCCUACCACAAAGCACUCCUAAAGCACCACCCGGACAAGGCCGCGCCCGACCAAACCCCCCUUGACACCAACGACUCAAGCCAAAGCUACACGAUCGACGAGAUCACCACCGCCUACAAAACACUUUCUGAUCCGUACCUACGCGCUGAAUAUGAUCGGUCGCUGCGGCUAGAUCGCGCGAGGGUCGCGGAGCGGGAAAAGACGGGCACGGUGUUUCAUACGGGUCUGGAAGUUGUGGAUUUGGAGGAUCUUGCGUUUGAGGAAGGGGAGGAAGGGACGGUUUGGUAUAAGGGUUGUCGGUGUGGUGAUGAGAGGGGGUUUCUGGUUACUGAGGUGGAGUUGGAGAGGGAGGCUGAACAUGGGGAGAUUGUUGUUGGGUGUAGGGGGUGUAGUUUGUGGAUGAAGGUUUUGUUUGCGGUGGAGGAUGGGGAUGAGGAGAAUACGUGA